CUAUGUGGACAAUUAAUGGAGGAGUGCUGUAUUCAGAUAUUAGAUAAUCUCUUGGGAAUUUCCUGGGUUGACAGCUCCUGGAUUCCAGUGUUGAACAAUGGGAAUGUGUUGGACUAUUUCUCGGAGCGAAGUAACCCCUUCUAUGACCGAACCUGUAACAAUGAAGUCGUCAAAAUGCAGCGGAUGACCUUGGACCAUUUGAACCAGAUGGUUGGAGUGGAGUAUAUCCUCCUUCAUACUCAAGAGCCCAUUCUCUUCAUUAUCCGAAAACAGCAAAGGCAAUCUCCAACACAAGUUAUUCCAUUGGCUGACUACUACAUUAUUGCUGGAGUGAUUUAUCAGGCACCUGACCUAGGCUCUGUCAUUAACUCCAGAGUACUCACUGCAGUGCAUGGAAUUCAGUCUGCUUUUGAAGAAGCUAUGUCCUACUGUCGCUAUCACCCAUCCAAGGGCUACUGGUGGCAUUUCAAAGAUCAAGAGGAACGAGAGAAAGCUAAACCAAAAGCCAAGAAGAAAGAAGAGCCGAGUUCUAUUUUCCAAAGGCAACGGGUAGAUGCUUUGCUUUUAGACCUCAGGCAGAAGUUUCCUCCCAGAUUUGUUCAGCAAAAGCCUGGAGAAAAGCCUGUCCCAGUGGAUCAGAUCAAGAAGGAGCCGGAACCAGCCCCUGAAGCUGUCAAGCCAGAGGAAAAAGAGACUGCUAAGAAUGCUCAGCAGAGUUCUGGCACUAAAGGACCACCUGAAAAACGGAUGAGACUCCAGUGAAGAGAGUUCUUAUACAUCUGGAUGAGUCAGUACCUUGAAAAUGGGAGAUUCUUGCUCCCCUUUCUUUAUAUUUAAGCUCUUCCACAGAGACUGAUGACUCAGGCACUGAAGGCUCUCUAACAGCUUUUUCUGUAGAAGCCUGUCAUGCAAAUGUCCAUAUCAGGAUGUGAGCUGCCUCUAAGGUGGUUCCACUCUUCAUCUUCUUUGGAGUAAUGGUUUCUGAGAAUGGUGUUUAAUGGACAUAUUUUGCAGCCUCCUGAAGUCUUCACAAACUCUUGCAUCCUUUGUGUCUUGGUUUCCUAUGUGAAAAGCAGAAACUUUUGUAAAAAGAAAUUAAAAAACCAAACCAAACCAGUCUGAAUUCUUGGAAAAUAAAACUGGCUGCUAGAAUGCCUUUCUUAAAUGCUUGCUUUGUUAGUAGCAAAUACUC